GAAAGCGCGGAUACGGUCAUCGUCCUGAUACUCAGAGGAGGCAGAUCGAUGGCGUGGAAUUAGUCUCAAAAUGCUUACAGUUUUAGUUGCUCGCAGGUUCAUUCCGUCUCGCGGCAACCAAAGGCCUGCAGGUUCACCUCGGAAAACAGCCCAUGAACGCACCACCGCAAGAAAUAAACAAGAAGGGAGGAAGAAGUUCAGGUGUGCUGAGGUCGUUUUGCUUUUAAUCGGAGGUUACCCUUGAUGGACUACAUGGACAGUGGACUGAGGUACACCCCGAAGUCGGACAAAGACUGGGACACCUCGGUCCAAUUCCUGCCAGCAUCAGAUAACAAAAAGCUUGAGAAGAAAAAGGGUCCGGGGAAAGUUGGGGCUGUGAUCGGUGUGGUGAUCUUUGCCGCCGUUGUAGCUCUGAUGACUGGACUGCUCGUCUGGCAUUUCCACUUCCGUAAAGAUGUGCGACUCAAGAAGAUGUACAGCGGCUCCAUGCGGAUCACUAACCAGGUGUUCGAAGAUGCCUACGAGAAGUCCAACACCUCCGAGUUCAAGGCGCUGGCGAAGCAGGUGACUUCACAGCUUAAAUCCAUCUAUUCCAAAAGUCCUCAAUUGGCCAAAUACUAUGUUGGAUCUACAGUUCAGGCUUUCAGUGAAGGCAGUGUUAUUGCCUACUACCUGUCCGAGUUCAAAGUCCCCACGGGCCAAGAGGCAUCCGUCGACAAAGCCAUGUCUACGAUGGAAAAGCUUGUGGACAAAGAGCAGCGCUUCCUGUCCAGACCUGGCAACUCUCUGGUCCUUGAAGAUGUGAUAUCUUCAGCACUUGAUGCCCGACUGUUUUCAACAUCAUUCAGCCAAUUUUUGAAGUUUACCGAACAUACAAAGACCGGAACAAUUGGGCAGAUCCAGUCGCCUGGCUUCCCUAACAGUCCAUAUCCCCCCAACACCUUCAUCCAGUGGCAGCUGAGAGCAGACCCCGGCUACGUCAUCAAGCUCGAGUUCGAUAUGAUGAAUCUGGAAGAGAACUGCCAGAAUGACUUUCUCAAAAUCUACGACUCCCUGGUGGCCAUCGAGAGCCGCGUCAUGGAAGAGAUGUGUGGGUACUACUCACCUAGUGAACCAUUGACCUAUCUGUCUUCUGGCAAUGUCAUGCUGGUGACGAUGGCCUCUGAUAAGGAGAAGAACUACCCAGGUUUUAGGGCAAAGCUCUCUCAAAUCCGACGCGGAAGUAAAGGUACGACAUGCGGUGGCCAGCUGACGGGCGAAAAAGGCACCUUCACUUCUCCCAACUUCCCAAAUUACUAUCCUCCUCGGACUUCGUGUCAGUGGUCGAUCCAGGUCCCUGCUGGUAAGGCGGUGAAGGUGACGUUCAGAAAGUUCCUCUUGUCUGAGCCCGGGCAGGAGAACAGUAAGGAAUGUAGCAAGGACUACGUGGAGGUCAACAGAAAGAAAUUUUGCGGAGAAAAGCCUGAUGGAACGGUGACGGAAACCAGCAACACCAACACAAUGAGCGUGGUGUUUUUCUCCGACGCCUCCUAUGUGGACCGAGGCUUUGACGCGUCAUAUGAGGCCAUCGACGUCAAAGACCCUUGUCCAAAGGAGUUCCAGUGCAGAAAUCAACGCUGCGUGAAAUUGGCGCUCAAGUGUGAUGGCUGGAAUGACUGCGGAGACAUGAGUGAUGAAUUAAACUGCAAGUGCAGUUCAAAGCACAUCAGCUGUAAGAAUGGGUUGUGCAAGCCCAUGUUCUGGAAAUGUGACGGCGUAGACGACUGUGGAGACCUCACAGAUGAGCUGAACUGUGGUGGAUGCAAAACUGGACAAAUAACAUGCAAGAAUGCAAAAUGUGUGUCUGAGAAGAAUCGCUGCGACGGUACAGACAACUGUGGGGACGGGUCAGAUGAGCUCGACUGUGGGAGAAGCAUGGAUUUGAAGUGCAGUGAUCUCACUUAUAGAUGUAAAAACAAUAAAUGCAUCAGUAAAGUGAACCCCGAAUGUGAUGGGACGCAGGACUGCGAAGAUGGAUCUGACGAGCAGAAUUGCGACUGCGGCCGGAGCAUGUUCAAGACGUCGCGUAUUGUGGGCGGCGAGGAUACAGAAGCCGGGGAGUUUCCCUGGCAGGUCAGCCUCCACGUCAAAGGUUUCGGUCACGUGUGUGGAGCGACCAUCAUCAGUCCGAACUGGCUGGUCACCGCUGCCCACUGUGUGCAAGAUGACGGCCGGACAAGAUACUCCCAGCCCAGCACUUGGGAAGCUUACCUCGGCCUUCACACCCAAGGGAAUGUUGGAAGUGUCGUGGAGAAGAGGAACCUGAAGCGGAUCAUAGCCAACCCGAACUACAACGCAUACACCUAUGACAAUGACAUCGCCCUGAUGGAGCUGGACAGACCCGUCACAUACUCGGAUUACAUCAGGCCCAUCUGCAUGCCGGCUCCUCAACAUGAUUUUCCAAUGGGUAACACUGUGUGGAUCACCGGGUGGGGCGCUACUCGAGAAGGAGGAUUUGCUGCAAAAGUGCUCCAAAAGGCCCAGGUCCGAAUCAUCAACUCCAAGGUGUGCAACGAUUUAAUGGGAGGGCAGAUCACGUCUCGGAUGUUGUGCGCCGGAGUGCUGACCGGGGGAGUCGAUGCUUGCCAGGGGGACUCUGGCGGCCCUCUGUCCAGUCCGUCCGGCAGCCGCAUGUUCCUGGCAGGAGUGGUUAGUUGGGGCGAUGGCUGUGCGCGCAGGAACAAACCUGGCAUCUACACAAGGGUCACCAAAUUCCGUGGGUGGAUCAAAGAAAAGACGGGAGUGUAGACCACUGCAAAGCGGUCCAACCAGGUCAUAUAGAAAAUGCACACGGACUGAUGACAAACCAAAGUACGGGUUGUUGCUUCACCACUCUGACUUUCCAGCUGAUGUAGUGGCGUUGACUCUGUCGCAGCUAAAGCUGAAAAUGCACCGUUUGCUUAAAAAGCAAUUGAAACACAUUUUAAGACUGCUAUUUUAUGAGGGUGGGGUUGAUGACAUGUUUUUGAAUGUAAAUAAAGGUUUUAUUUUUGUGUGGUUUUAUUCUGCCAUUUUUUUUUUAAAGCUUGUUUUGAUGGAGACCAAUGUUAUGUGCUGCACAUUAAGUAGAUUGUAGGCGUGAUUGUUACACAUGUACACAAAUGAAUUGUGCAUCUCUGUCUUGUGUUUUAUCAGUAGAUAUAUAAAUGUCCUACCAGUUUUCCUUGUCAGAAUUUUGUAAAUUUAGAAAGCAAAAUGGCCGCAAGCUCAUCCAUCUUACCUCCUAUGGCUUGGUAUCAUACUCAUCUUAGUGAUUUUUCGUCCAGCAGAAAUCCCUGAAGAGUUAGUGAUGUGAUUCUUCUCUUUGGAAAGCAUUGUCCUGCUCAUCAUGGAUGGCAUUAUAUAUUAACAGCCAUGAACUGCAAAAAAAUACAUCAGCAUGAACAAGUUUUGUUUGAGGUUAAGCUUUCAUGUUUAAUAUAUCUCAUCCAGCACAAUAUUGGCUUCUCAGUUUAAUUCUUCUUAAAUCUUUGUAAAUGUGGUUUUAUAGCAGAUGUUUUUCAAUAAAAUAAUUAUAAUAUAUAA